AUGUCCGAGUCUCCGCCACCCCCACCGUCUUGGAGUAUCACCAGCAUGACCAACAAUGCAGUUCAGUUCCUGCGACUGCCAGUAUUGGCAUCUUCUGGGUUAGCAGUAGUCGCGAGUGGACUGUUGUAUUUCAAGCAAAAUGAGCUGAUCUAUCCUCGCAACGUCCCUGUCGAUGCACGCUCCAAUGUUCCCAAGCCCCCCCAGUUCGGUAUUACCGACUACGAGGAUCUCCAGAUCCCGACGCCAGACGGGGAGUCGUUACAUGCCAUCCUCCUCCACCCUCCAAACAAGCGCGCUGCCAGAAACAUUACUGUGUUGAUGUUCCACGGCAAUGCAGGCAACAUUGGUCACCGUCUUCCUAUUGCCAAACUUAUGCAGGACGUUCUGGGCUGCCAUGUGUUAAUGCUUGAGUACCGAGGCUACGGACUGUCCACCGGUACCCCGGACGAAGCAGGGUUGAAACUGGAUGCGCAGACAGGACUUGACUAUAUUAGGCAGCGAGCAGAGACCCGUGACACCAAAAUUGUUGUCUAUGGCCAAAGUCUUGGAGGCGCCGUGGCGAUCAAUCUGGCCGCGGAGAACCAAGAUACGGGCGAUAUUAAAGGUUUGAUUCUCGAAAAUACGUUCUUGAGCAUUCGCAAGCUGAUCCCUGCGGUCUUCCCUCCUGCACGUUAUCUUGCUCGCUUCUGUCACCAAUACUGGAUGAGUGAGGAUAUUUUGCCCAAGAUAAACCGGAUCCCGAUCCUCUUUCUAAGUGGGCUCAAGGAUGAAAUAGUACCACCAUCCAAUAUGACGCAGCUCUUUGCCAUUUGCAACACUAGUCGCAAAGUUUGGCGAACUCUUCCCAACGGUGGGCAUAAUGAUAGCGUUGCUGAGCCAGGCUACUUUGAGCACAUCCACUCGUUCGUCAUGGAGGAAGUUGUCGGAGAAGAUUAUUGA